AUGGGCGAUCGCUCACGCUCAAGAUCCCCCCGAAAGAGGAGGGACUCUAGAUCGGAACGCAAUGAUAGGGAGCACCGUGACCGCAGCGACCGGAACCGACGACACUCGAGUAGCCACCGCGAUCGCGACGACAGGGACCGCGAGAGAAGGCAUAGCUCGCAAUCCACAAACGACAGGCGACAUAGCCGCAGCGAUCGAGGUGAUCGCGAUCGGAGUCCCCGGCAACGAGACCGAAGUCGAGACCGUGAUCGAGACCGCGACCAUCACCGGUCCCAUCGCUCCCAUCGCGACGACCGCGAUCGAGAGCGUUCUCAUCGAUCCCGGCGCGAGCGGUCGCCCUCCCUCCUCGACCUCCGAGCUCUUGGCGUCUCAUCUCUCUCAGAAGACGACUACUAUACGACGUCGGGCCCCUUCCGAGCGUGGCUGACUAACGAGCGAGGGCUUGUGCUCUCCGAACUCAGCUCCGAGGAGGGAAGGAAGUACUUCCGCCGCUUCGUGAGACGGUGGAACGACGGCGCGCUGUCACGGAAGUACUACGAGUCGAACUCAGGCCCUUCAUCGGAAGUCGGGGGUUCAAGACCACCUCCGCCGUCGCAUGCAAUGCCGCCCUUCCCGCCCUCCGGCGCGUCGAUCUCCGCCCCGCGUCAUGAGGAAGAAUCAAGUGACGAUGAGAUUGGUCCACGGCCCCCGUCUCCCGUCGGACCUUCCUUCCCAGUACGCCCCACGCAUUCCGAUAUCCAGUAUGCUCGGGAAGCGGCCGCCGAGCAAGCAGCCCUGGAACGCAAGUUCGAGCGCAAAGUUGCCCGCAGAGAGGCAUACGAGCGCGCUGAGGAGAUUGCGCCCAAAAUGGGCGGGAAGGAAGGUCGCAUCGCGGAGAAGAAGGCUGCCAAUGCUGCCAACAAGGAGAUGCGCGAGAAGGACACUGAUGCCGUCGUCGACGAGGCUAUGCUGCUCGGCGACGGGGGCGGGUUUGCUGCCGCUAUCCGAGCGAGGGAAGCCGCCGCGGCGCGCCGCGCUGAGCGCAAAGCUGAUGAAUUUGCUGAACGCAAGGCCGCCAUGGACGAGCGCAUGACUGAGCGACGUCAGAAAGAGGCAGCGACGAUGGACAUAUCGCCAGACGUCACCACCGCUAUUAUCCUCGACACCAUGGCGGCAACCCUACCCUUCAGCCUGGGCGCGCUGCGCUCGCACGUCAUCUUCGUGCCGCCGGCGUCGAGCUCGACCGACGACGGGUGGGAGGUCGUCGACUCUCCGCAGGACGAUGGACUUCCGGCGCCGAAGAACUCGCGCAUCGCGCUCCGCGACAAGGACAUCAUUGUUGCGUUCGGCAAGGAGAUCCGCAUGACGAGUUUGACGGGACCGGGAUGGGAGAUCAAUGGCGGUACAGUUGGAGGAUACAAGUCGCCCCACCUCACGUUCAACAUCCACUCGCUCGUGCUGAACCCGACGGGACGACUGCUCGCUGUCGUCGGACAUCACCAGCUUGUCAUUCUCGUGCUCCCGCGAUCCGGCUUUGCAUCCUCUGUCGGAGGCGACAUUGCAUGCCAUGAAUACGACGUUCUCCGACCGCAAGACCCCGUACAGUCGUUCAACUUUCUCGCGGACCGAUCGAAGGGAAGCAAGUUCUCAGCAAUCGACCCGCUGUCGCAGUACGCGACGUCGUUCUCCUUCUCGCACGGUACCGUCGACUUCGGCCCCCUCAUGGUUUACGCGCUCAUGGCAAACGGCGAUGUCUACGUCAUGGGCCCCGUGCUCCCGCUGCACGCCGAGGUGCCGGCCGCAUACCUACAGAGCCUGCAGGCGUGGGCUACGGAACGACAAAAGCGAUUGAAGGGUGACGGGAAGCAUGGCGCGGAGCACGCGAGCCUCCUCGGCCGCGCUGGACUGCAGUCGCAGUGGGUGGAUGCUCUGAUGCGGCAAGCAGAGAAGAAGGACGAGGAGCCGUCACCCGAGCAGCCGCGGAAGCACCGCCGCGGAUUUGGCCUCCGCGAUCCCUCCCCGGAACGCACGCCUGAGCGCACUCCCCCGCGGCCAGGUUUCGUCCAUGUCCACCCGCCGCAUCUGACGCCGAGCGGCUCGCCCGCGCCCGGCGUACACCGGCCGCUGCUCCGCCAGGGACCUGUGCUGUUUGACCCCGCGCCGCAGGAGGUUGGAAACGGAGACGAGAUCGACGAGCAGAUUGCGAGUGACAUUGUCGUCUUCCCCGCCGUGCCAGCUGAGGUGGACUCAUCACCGUCAGAAGACGCCCAGCCGAUCAACGUCGUUGGCAUCGCAUGGUCUGGCGGCCGCAUUGACAUCGGUGUUGAGGAGGUGGCGCCUGAGCCGCGGUGGCUUUCCUCCCGCGACCCCGUUGACGCCGAGAUCGUCGUACCCAUCGUCGAGAGCGUCCUUGCCUCCUACCCGCCGGUAGAGCCUGAGGCGCUCGCUAUCAACGCACCCCGCUUUGUCGCGGACCCGAUCCACCGUGAUGUGUUCUACGUCCAAUCCGCCUUCUCCGUUGACACCGUAUCCGUCGCACCACCGACGAAACCAAUCAUCGGCACCGCGACAUUCUGCAACAUUACCCUGGGCUACGGUCUUAUUGCUCUCGCUGCUGGCGGCCAACUCGUCGCCGUCGAGAUGGACAUGCGUGUCGCUGACCGCGACCCGCAACCUGUUCCGGAGCCUGAGAAGCCGAAGCCGGCCGAGGAGUCGCACCAGCUGCUGACCAAGGCGUUUAACCCAGCUCUGGACUCCAAGACGGCCAACCCGCUCGCUGCUGUUCGCAAGCUUCCCGACAGCAGGAAGGAGCUGAAGGAGAUCGGGCCGCAGCACCUGCGAGCUCUCGCCGACGCUGCGGCGCAGGUGAACAAGCAGGCCGAGGCGAUCCGCAACGCCAGCGCCAAGGUCGAGGCGCGCGUCGAGCUGCAGGCGCAGGAGUACCAGCGCCAGCUGACUCUACUUCGCGAGUCGCAGACAGCACUGCAGUCGAUCCAGGCCGAGACCGACGAGCAGGCGGAGCGCACCGAGCGCCUCGUCGACGAGCAGGCCGCCCUCAGUGCGCGUCUCGACGCCGUCCUGAACGCAAUGCUAGCCGAGUACAGGCCGCAGAUUGGCGAGGUCGAGCGCAAGUGGUUCGACGAGCUGGAGCGCAUCAAGGCUCGUAUCAGCGGACGGAAGGGUAUCGCCCACCGCGCCAAGAUCCUCAAUGAGCAGCUCGAUGUCGUCCGUCCUCUGGCGCAGAGGAGGAAGGAGCAGCAUGAAGCGGCGUACGGACAUCGCCAGCUCAAGCCGCUCGAACACGCGCUCAGCGAGCGCAGCGACGAGCUUGCGCGCAUCAUGCGGAGGAUGGAGACGCUCAGCCUGCGCGUGGAGGGUGCGGACGAGGAUAAGCUUGGUCUCCUACACCCGUUAGCUGACCCCGAUCCGUCGAUCCGGGGUUACGUACCGCUUGACCACGACCCUUUCUCCGUCCUUGACGUUCAUCUUGAACUUGCGCGCUCCCUGUCCGAGCCUGCCUUGCCGGGACCGGAUGAUCCAGCUCCCGUCGUGUUUCCGCCGGGGAAGACGCUCCAGCUUGCCCUGCAGCACGAGCGCAAAGUCGCCGCAGAGACAGUACUGGAAAACACGGCGCGCGUGUAUACUUUCGGCAUGCCUAAAGGUGUUGUUGUUGUCUUCCUUUGCUCUGCAACUCUAGGACGUCAUGUCGCGCUCCAUCUUGGUGGCAGAAUGCCCCCGCCUGCCGACGGACUCGUUGCGUACUCCGCCGACCUCCACUCUCCCGAGUCAACGCUGCCGAGCAUUCCGGCCACGAUCCGGACGCAGCUCGCCUCCGGUCCCAGCGUGAGCGAGGGCGCGACGGCGUCCUGCCGCCCGGCCCAGACGGAGGUGAACGGCUGGAUCCGCUCCGUGCGCGCGCACAAGAAUGUCGCCUUUGCCGAGAUCGACGACGGGACAGGCGGCAGCGUCCAGGCCGUGCUGAAGGGGAAGGGAAAGGCUGAUGGACUCACGCUCGGUUCCAGCGUCAGCAUGCGCGGCGCGCUCCUCCCCUCCCGCGGCUCGGGGCAGGCAUUGGAACUGCUCGUCGACGAGGCGAAGAUCCUCGGUCUGGCGGAUCCGGAGACGUACCCGAUCCAGAAGAAGGCGUUGCCGGCGUCGUUGCUGAGGGAGAACGCGCAUUUGCGGUAUAGAACAGGACAGGGUGCUGCCGUUGCGCGAGUCCGGGACGCGCUGGAGAGGGACUGGCACGACUGGUUCGAGCAGGACCACGAGUUUGUGCGCGUGCAUACCCCCAUCUUGACGAGCUCUGACUGCGAAGGUGCCGGCGAGACCUUCACUCUGGCCGAGAAGGACGCGAAGGAGCCCUUCUUCUCUAAGCCAGUCAAUCUGACAGUUUCGGGCCAACUGCACCUCGAGGCGCCCACCCUCAGCCUCACCAGGUGUUACACACUGGGUCCCUGCUUCAGGGCAGAGGCGAGCCAGACCAACCGCCACCUGUCCGAGUUUUACAUGCUCGAGGGCGAGGUCGCCUUCAUCAGCACGCUGCCGCAGCUGCUCGACGUCGUCGAGGCCGGGUUCAGGGAUACGCUGAAGCGCAUGCUUGAGGGCGAGGGCGGGCGGGCGAAGCGGGAGAGGGCGGACCUGGAGAGGAUCCAGCGGUAUCGCGCCGCCGAGGUCGUGGAGGAGGAGAGCGAGGUGGCCGAGGCUGCGGCGGGUGCUCCCUCGUCCUCUCCCUCUUCCUCGUCAGAGGGCGACAUCCUGGCACACCUGAAGGCUGCUGCUGACAAGCCCUUUGCGCGCGUCAGUUACGCCGACGCCAUCACGAUUCUGCAGGAACAGCACCAGAAAGUGCCCUUCCAGCACGAGCCGGAGUGGGAUGAGGGCCUGACGAGCGAGCAGGAGAAGUGGCUCGCUGGCUCCCAUUUCGGCGGGCCAGUGUUUGUCACGGACUACCCGGCCGCUCAGAAGCCGUUCUACAUGCUCCCCUCCGAGGUGGCGCAGCAGGCCGACCUCGAGCGGAACGGCACGCCCCUCCCGCCCACUCCGCCUGCGCCGACUGUUGCCGCCUUCGACCUCCUCUUCCCUGGGAUUGGGGAGAUGGCGGGAGGAUCCCUACGCGAACACCGCCUCGAUGCCCUCGAGGCCGCUAUCGCCAAGGCUGGACUCAGGCCAGAGGACUACAGGUGGUACCUCGACCUGCGGGCUUAUGGGUCCGCACCCCACGGCGGCUGGGGUAUGGGCUGGGACCGGUGGGUCAGCUUCGUCACCGGUGUCGCGAACAUCAGGGACGUUGUGCCGUUCCCCCGCUGGGUUGGCAACUGCCGCUUCUAA